GUGAGGUUUCUCUUGCUGUCGCCAUCUUGCCCGUCAUGGGGAGCCCACCAGCCAAGAUGAAGUUGUGCCCCAUCCACAUGCUUUCUGUAAGAAUCAUACAAGCCAAGAACAUCAAGUCAAGAGACCUGUUGACUGCUUCAGACUGCUACGUGCGCUUGUGGCUGCCGUCUGCUUCAAAUACAAAGCUUCAGACCAAAACCAUCAAGAAUUCUGACAACCCUGUCUGGAAUGAGACUUUCUACUUUAGGAUCCAGAGAGAAGUUGAGAACGUUUUAGAAUUGGCAGUGUGUGAUGAAGAUCCACUCACCAAAGAUGACAUGCAGUUCACAGUUCUUUUUAAUGUUGCUAGAAUCAGACCCGGGGAGACAGUCCGUGAGACAUUUGCUUUGAAAUCAGAGAAAGAGAGGUGCACUAAGAAAUGGGAAAGUUUGGAAGUGGAAUUCUGGAUGGAAAGAAUUCCUGGCCCUCCAGAGCACCUCAUUACCAACGACGUCCUAGUGUCCCGUGAGGUUUGCUGCUUGGAAGUGCAAGUGGACAUUAAUGAAAGCAGGAGAUAUUUGAGAGAGAGUAAAAAUCUCGUGCUUACGGUGCCUGCAUCUCACGAGGGAACACAGAAAACUACAGAGGACACAGAUACUUUCUACUUCCAUUGCGUGAAGGCUUGGGAGCCAGUUCUGAAAGUCAGGCUGCAGAAAGUUUCUGAUAAGGAAGAUGACAACAGCAAUUUAAGUGACACCUUGACAGUACCACUGAAAUUUCUCCCUGUUGGACACAGAGUGAAAGUAACCCUCCCUGUGAGACAUAAUGUGCCACUGCAGUUGUACCUCCAGCUAAAUGAGUGCACAGAAAGACUAGAUGUGCGCUUUGGGUAUGAUCUGUGCCAAGAAGAACAAGAAUUCUUGCAAAAAAGGAAGAGAGUGGUUGGCAGUGCCCUGAGAAGGGUUCUUCAUCUGGACAGAGACCUACAUGGACACGAGGUCCCAGUAAUAGCUGUUAUGGCAACGGGCGGAGGCCUCAGAGCGAUGUCAGCUAUGUUUGGCCACCUCUUAGCUCUUCAGAAGCUGAAUCUGUUGGACUGUGUUACCUAUGUCACCGGGGCUUCUGGCUCAACAUGGACCCUAGCAGACCUGUAUGAGCAUGCCGACUGGUCCCAGAGGAGUCUGGAAGGGCCACUUAAGGCAGUAAAAGAGCAAGUGACAAAAUGCAAGCUCAACCUUAUGUCCAUAGACCAUCUGAAGUAUUAUCACAAGGAACUCGCCGAAAGGGCAAAAGCAGGACAUGUGCCAUCUUUUACAACUCUGUGGUCACUUGUGCAGGAAAUGUUCUUACAUGAACGGCCAAGAAAGUACAAACUCACAGACCAACGCAAGGCAUUGGAGCAUGGACAAAACCCAUUGCCUUUCUAUGCAGUCCUCAAUGUGAAAGAGGAAAAGUUUGGUACUUUCAAAUUUAGAGAGUGGGCAGAGUUCUCUCCUUACGAGGUGGCCAUACCAAAAUACGGAGCCUCCAUUCGUUCGGAGUAUUUUGACAGCGAGUUCUUCAUGGGAAGGCGAGUGAAGAAGCUGCCAGAGUCUCGGAUCUGCUAUCUGGAAGGUCUUUGGACAAACAUCUUUACUAGGAAUUUGCUGGAUGGCUUGUACUGGUCCUCAAAUUCAAAUGAAUUCUGGGAACGAUGGGCCAAAGAUAUGGUGGAUAUAGAAAAGCAUUCCCCUGAGGAGGACGUCACUAUCGUGGAGCCUCCGUCUUGUUUGUCAGGGAAGUUGUAUGAAAUGUUUCAGGACAUUCUGACCAAGCGUCCGCUACUGGGAAAGUCGCAUAACUUCCUGAGAGGCUUAGAAUUUCAUAAGGAUUAUAUCCAUCAGAAAAAAUUUAUUGAAUGGAAAGACACUGUGCUGGACGCUUUCCCUAACAGUCUGACACCGCUGCAGAAGUAUCUUUGCCUGAUCGAUGUUGGCUAUUUCAUCAACACCAGCGGUGCAGCACUUUUCAAGCCAGAGAGGAAUGUAGAUGUCAUUAUCUCACUGGAUUAUGGUUUGGGGAACGUGUUCAAGCAAUUGGAGAUGACAUACAAAUAUUGCAAGAUACAAAAAAUCCCAUUCCCCAAAGUGGAGCUAAGUAAAGAAGAAGAGAAGAACCCAAAGGAAUGUUACGUGUUUGCAGAUGCGGAGGACCCCAGAGCACCCAUAGUAAUUCAUUUCCCCCUGGUGAACGACACCUUUAAGGAAUUCAAGGAGCCUGGGGUAAAGCGCAGUCACUCAGAGAUGGAAGAAGGCAAAGUCAAUCUGGACAACAACUGCUCACCCUAUUACCUCAUCAGGCUAAUCUACUCCUCUGAAAAUUUUGACAAACUUGUGAACCUGAGCAAAUACAACAUCCUCAAUAACAAAGACCUGCUCCUCCACGCGAUCCGGAGCGCUGUAGAACGGAGGAGAAGUGGCAGGACUGGGAAUUUCCCCAGCUACUCUGGAGCUGGGUACCCCUAGGCUGGGUUUUUGCACUGUUCCCCACUGAAGGCUAUGACAGUCACAUUACAACACAUCACAGUCAGGUUACAGCACGUCACAGUCACAUUACAGCACGUCACAGUCACAUUACAACACAUCACUGUUUAUUAUUUGCAGGAAACUGAGGAAACCUGUACAUUUCUCAUCUUGCCUUGUUAAGUUCCUAGCUUUCAAAAGGGUUUAUUUAAUCUCCUUCCCCCAAGUUUUGAGACCACGAGAGCCUCACACUGUGGUCUUACUCGUUACGAAAUAGGGUCCUGGUUAGCAGAGACCUUCCAGGAUCUCCCUGGUGCUAUAGGAUAUGGUGGUGGUGUUAGUGGUAGUUCUUUGUACGUGCCUGUCCCCUCAAUCCUGAGCCCAUUGUCGGUGUCUUUUCAAUGCUUCGUUACAAACGAAGUCCUGGCCAUUUGCAUUCAGUAAUGUCCAGAUUUUCAGACAGGCUGAGCAACUAGAAUUUGCACUGAAUUGGUGGGCUCAGCUUUGAAGUCAGGCCAAAGAGUCAUAAAUAUAUAUAUAUAUAUAUGUAUCUGUGAACUGGGGCCAAACUGCAACGUGGACAAUUGCAUUCUGUCUGGCCGAUUCCCCUUGCUGAUUUAGAAAUUAUUCCUUUUUUCCAUUCCCCUGCAAGAGUUUGGCACAGGAUCGCUGCUGCAGGCUGCCACGAGGGGGGCAGUUACAUUUCAGAGAGAGAGGCCGUCGGCUGCAGAGAGCGAGCGCGGUUCUGCCGAGCGUUGGCUGGAGGAAACAUUCUGCAUGAGGCGUGAGUGAGUCUAUUGAUUUAUACGGGUAGUGCCUUUAUGCAUUUAAAUGUCAAGAGCCUGAAACAAGCUUUUGAUACCAGAAACUUGAGGGGAUUAAUUACUGUAGACUCAAGUACAUUUAAUUUAAUAAUCAUGACCAAGACAUAAGCUGGUGCUCCUUACGUAUGCAAACUGGAGGUAGGAUAAGAUAACUCACUAACAGAGUGCAUAGCUAUUGUAUUUUCAAAGCCAGAAGAUUUUUUUUUUCCUUUACAGUCUCCUAUCCCUAACAUCAUGGGCAAGGUAUUUUUAAUAGGUGCUACACUAAAAUAGAGCACAAAUGAAAAAAAAAAUGGAAAUUCUUUAUCACACUUCCUUGCUAGAGGAAAAUACUUGGAAAAAUGAUGCCUGGUUUUCAUUUGCUUUGGAGUGGAGUGAAAGACAUUGCCUUGAACUAGGAGCUUGGAACAUCUUUAUAGGCCUCCACUAUAUUAAAAAGAUGGUAGGGAAGGAUGGUGAGCAAUGCAAGAGAGAGCUCUACAGAGGUCAGAGAAGUUUCCAGGCUUCAUAGUGCUGAAGGAUUUGGACCUGCUUCUGGUGUAUUAAUCCAAACACGGCAUUUUCAUCGGGACCCCCAAGGACAAUCUUACACAUUUCUUCUGUGUUGGAAAUCUACUUGAUAUUUAGAAUUAGUUUUACUUGAAAUCCAAAGUAAGACAGAGAAACAGGGGCCUGCCUUUUCGAUAUCCGCCAGCGGUAUUCAAGCUCAGGAGAGCAUGGACAACAGGCUUCAUUGCCUCAACCCUGAAUCUGCUCAAUGCUUCUGCUGCCAGCAACGGCAAGGAAUGAGCCUCAGCAAUAUUCCUUCUACAGCCCUUAUUUGCUGAGCUAAGGAAUACCCUGCAAAACCUGAGGAGUCUUAACAGCUGGGAUGCGACUGUACAACUGAACUCAGCCCGUGAGACGACAGGAACUAAUCAGGUACCGGCUGCAAGAAGAAAGCAAAGAGCCGUGUAGCGCUGGAAGGUGUGAGAGCAGCUGUCUCUGGAGAGUCCUGCCAGGGGGAUGCAUUACCCUCACGUCGGAGAGCAGCACGUCCUGGCACAGCGUGCAGGUACCCACAGCCCCACCGCCGGUCGGCGUUUGACCCCCUGCCCCUCUCUGUGCCCCCACUGUUGGUGCACUUGGGGUGCCCAAUUACUGCUCGUGUCUUCCAGCGCUGCACAGUGGGAGCAAAGGGCUGAGCUGGAGGAGAGGGCUGGGGGCUGACAGUAGCUUUUCUGCUCCAGGGGUUGAAGGACUGAGUUCAGUGGGGGACACUGGUGUUCUCCACAAUGUACUGGGAUUUCUUUUGACACUAAACCAAUAUCUCACUGCAGCUGCAAGACUUGGCCUUCAGGAACAAAGAUCCAGGGCAGCCCCUGCUGAGAUGAUAGAGCAGAUUCAUCAGGAGUGAGACCACCAGUGAUGUUGUGUAUUUGCCUUUUGUUUACACAUCACCCAUAUUGUAAACAGGAACACUGUUUUACCUCGUCUGCAUAAUUUUUACACUUUGCUGCUGCAAAAAGAUAUCCCUGGUUUAUUCAUGGGCUACAGCGAGUGAUCCGUAACCCUCGUGGCCCGUGGCAGCACGUGCCCAGCAGUGAGGGGGCUCAGCCACGCCGAGAAACCAGGGUCUUGCUAAAUGCUCCACAGACCAGUAACUGGGGGUGUUUGGUGCAUUGACGGUGCUGAAUGCAAACAGGAUGCCUGCUGAAAUGUGAAAGAGGUAAAAAAACACCCCACAGAGUUUUUGGGUGACCCACAAUGGGCGGAGAGUAAGUUUUCUGAGGGACUGUUGAACCCUGUUACAGAGUGGGAGAACUGUCACCUGAGGCUGCGCCAACUCUUAACGUGGGGCUUCAUCUUGCCAC